CGGGGACGGAGUGACUGCGCAGGCGCGACCGAGCUAGUCCCGCGCGAGCCGUUUCUGCUGUGUGACCGUCCGACCCUGCUGUCCCGGCCCGGCCAUGGCGGCUGUCAGGGCCCUGGUGGCUCCCCGGCUGGCGGCGGCCUCCACGUUCGCGCCGCUCCCCGGCCGGCGGCCGCUCCUGCCCCACAAACCGGCGGCCUCCCCGCGUGCGGCCCUCCACGGCUCCGCGCCGCGCCCCGGGGCCAAGGUCGCGCUGGUGCUGUCCGGGUGCGGAGUCUACGACGGGACCGAGCUGCACGAGGCCUCAGCGGCGCUGGUGCACCUGAGCCGCGGCGGGGCCGAGGUCCAGAUCUUCGCUCCUGACGUCCCUCAGAUGCACGUGAUCGACCACACCAAGGGGCAGCCUUCUGAGAGCGAAAGCAGGAAUGUUCUGACGGAGUCGGCAAGGAUCGCCCGCGGCAAGAUCACCAACCUGGCCCAGCUCAGCGCUGCCAAUCACGACGCCGCCAUCUUCCCCGGGGGCUUUGGAGCUGCCAAAAACCUGAGCACGUUUGCCGUGGAUGGGAAAGACUGCAAGGUCAACAAGGACGUGGAGCGCGUCCUGAAGGAGUUCCACAAGGCCGGGAAGCCCAUCGGCUUGUGCUGCAUCGCGCCCGUCCUUGCAGCCAAAGUGCUCCGUGGCGUCGAAGUCACCGUGGGCCACGAGCAGGAGGAAGGUGGCAAGUGGCCUUACGCCGGGACCGCGCAGGCCAUCAAAGAGCUGGGCGCCAAGCACUGUGUGAAGGGCGUGACCGAAGCGCACGUGGACCAGAAGAACAAGGUGGUCACCACCCCGGCCUUCAUGUGCGAGACCGAGCUGCAUCACAUCCACGACGGGAUCGGGGCCAUGGUGGCCAAGGUGCUGGAGCUCACCCGGAAGUGACGCCCCCGGGCCGUGCGCCCCGCCUCUCCACCAGGCGGGGCUGGUGGCCUGUUUGCCCGUCCGCCGUGGACCGUGGCUGGAGUUUAUUUUCCUGCUUCAGUGUAUGGGUGUUUGCUCCCUGAGAGCUGCGGCGUGCUUGGGGUCGGGCAGAUGGGUGCCACCCUCCACUCAACUCACCUUCCUUCCUGGGAGGGAGGCAGAGCCCACGCACCAGAGCGGCGGCUGGCACUUCCUCUCGGCCUUUGGGACGUAGGAGCGACUUGACCCCAGUGUAGCCCGAAAAUUAAGAUCAGGGUCAGCUUUCUCAGGAAGAGAACCAGGUAGAGGUAUGAUUCUAUAAUCUUAGCACACUUGUUUCAGAAUACUUCAUGUUUGGAAGGGAAAGAUAAUUUUAAAUGUAUCAAUGUAGUAAUCAGAAACCAGAGGUCUUCUAAUCUGGAGUAAAUAUGUAUUAAUUAAAAUGUCGUGGGGAUUUCUAUAGCAGGCAGUCUCUUUGGCCACAGACAAUAAACUCCUUUUGAAAGUGGACACUGACAGCCACAUUUCGAGUCUGAAACUGGAAGAUGAGGAAUGUAAAUGAGGUUUCUGAAAUUCGUCUCAGUUCUCUAAAUUCCAGGAGGAAAGGGAAGUGGCCGCCACUCUGCCUGCGUGGUUGACCACCUGGGUGGUGACUGUCGGGCUGGUCCCAGGCCGUGAACGGCGGCUGGCACGGAGUAUAGAGAAGGAGCAGUAAAUUCUGCUGUGUUCACCUCUGA